AUGACAGAAAGAAUUGGCGACAGCUGCAUCGAUUUCACAAGCCUGUCAGUUUUUGUUGACAUGGCACCAUAUGUCCAUGAGGUUCUGACAGAGUACCAAGAUGCUGAAAAUGAGGAUCGUGAACCAAGAAUACCUCCAAUGCCAAGAUUAUGGCCUGCCUUCAAGAACGGCCUCUAUCUGGCUCUUCGGCAGGCCGCGGUCACUUUUGUGCGAUGGAUUUUUGACUGGGGAGUCAGUGUGCACUGCAGCACAAGCACUGCACUGAGGCUGUUAACAGAGCAGAUUACCGGUGGGCGAUCGAGCAAAUACUUGCUGACAUGCCCAGGCUGA